AUGCAAGGCUCCACCAGGAGUUUCCUGGAGGAGGACUCUGUGACCUUGGCUCACUUACAGCAGCUACAGAUAAGAGCCCCUGGUAUGCGGAUCAAACGAAUAACUGAGGAUCUUUACCCGGUGGUAGCAAACCCAUAUACCCUAUUGACAUGUUUAACACCAGAAUUAACCUGGUUCACUGUUUUAGACUUGAAAGAUGCCUUCUUUUGCCUCCCUCUCCAUGAAGCCAGUCAGAAAAUUUUUGCCUUUGAAUGGAAGAACCGUAGGAGUGGACUUAAAACCCAGCUCACAUGGACAGUGCUCCCCCAGGGUUUCAAAAACUCGCCGACCCUGUUUGGAGAACAACUCGCAAAGGACUUAGAGGCCUGGGACGCCCCCUCAGAAGAAGGAAAGCUACUGCAUGGAAACCAAGGAGAGUUGGUACAUUAUGACUGCUUUGAGACUAUUGAAGCCACCUACUCCAGCUGUCCAGACUUAAAGGACACCCCUUUUGAUGACACAGAAACCUGGUUCACUGAUGGAAGUAGCUAUGUCAUCAGCAGGAAACGAUACGCUGGGUAUGCAGUUACCACAAGUAAGAAGGUAAUAGAAUCCGGACCAUUACCUACAAAUACCUCUGCACAGAAAGCUGAGUUAAUUGCCUUAACCCGGGCCUUGGAGAUGGCAACAGGAAGGAAAAUAAAUAUCUACUCCGACUCGAGAUAUGCAUUCGGAGAUGUGCAUGCACAUGGAGCUAUUUGGAAGGAAAGGGGACUGUUAAAUUCACAGGGAAAGAACAUCAAACAUGCACAAGAGAUAAUGCGAUUACUGGAAGCGGUCCAGAUGCCUGAGAAAGUAGCAAUCAUGCACAUUAAGGCACAUCAAAAGGUGAGCUCAGUAUUGGAAGACGGAAAUGAACUGGCGGACAGAGAGGCAAAACAGGCAGCAAAACGUGAGGUAAUUGUUGAAGCAACCUUGAUUCCAGAUGGACAGAUAGUCCCUGAAGGUGUUUGGGGGGGGCGAGGAUGCAGCAGCCCCAUGGGAACUGUAGCGGGCAGAGCCGAGCGGGUCGCACUGGUUCCACACAGCUCCCACUGCCACCGUUACUCAGGCAUUCCAGAGCUAAGGAUCUAAUCCCUACGGAUGUGAGCACAACACAGCGACAUUUGUUUGUUUUUCCUUUCACCGCAGCGACUACAGGAUUACAGCGGCCGGAGUUUUUUUCUCUCUUCCCCUCCUCCUCCUCUUUUUUCCCUGCGGGCAGCAUGGCCCCCCCUCUCCAGUGCUGAGUGGGUUUUGACUAAUUCUAUUUAAUGAGGCUUUAAGUAUUGUGUUUGUGUGCCUUGAAAAUGUGUUGAUAUAAGGUUUUGGGGUUUUUUUAAGUUAAAUUUGUUUUUUGACUGAUUUCUGAUUUUAUACAGUUUUACAGUUGCUGGAGAGAUAGAAAGCAGUAAAUGCAGUGCCUUAUUACCUAUCAAAGAUUUAACAUAGGUCUGAUUUCUUUAACAAGAACGCUAAUGAACUUGCCAGAUGAAAUUACACAAAAUACAAUCGUGAAAAGCUACUCAGCUGUUCAGCAGUCUGCCAAAUUACUUGGUGUUAUAUUUUUUUCAGUAACCUUGCACUCUAAGAAAUUGUAACAGUCGAUCCAAAAAUCCCUCAUCUGCCUCACGACUGUCAGAGGCUGAGACCCCCAAGGACCCUGGGCUGCAGCACAGGAGUUCUGGCCUGAUUGAGGUGGGAUCCAAGCUUCUCCCUGCAGCUGCUGUUAUUGGACCGAGACGCCCUUCUCAGAGACCUGCACAUGAACAAUGGACGCUGUUACGGUUCCUGGGCUGUGUUUGCGGAGGCCGUGUUUGCUGUUUCUGUACUGACCGUACCUGCUGUAAGGCUUGGGCUGCACCGCUCCCUCUAUUGUGAAAAAACACCUGCAGUGCCCACGAGACCUCCCCCCCUUCCUGGCAUCUUGCCCUUUGCCUCGAAAAAGAACUAUAACAAUCACCCCAGAGAGGAGACUCUCUGAGGCCUCCCCGGUGGACGACGGAUCUAUUGACGCACACCACGAGGACUGUGAAGGUGGUCUAUUGGCUCCAGCAUCACGAGGACUCUCGUCUGUUUGUCGGUAGCUAUGACCCCCCUUUUUCUCUUUUCUCUCUCUCUCUUCCUUUCCCUUCUCUUCUAUCGCAUAAUUGUGUGUAUCAAUAAAGAUACAAUUGAUUUUAUUUGAA